UUCUCACUUCUCGCAGGUUCAGCAGAGAUGGCGGCUGACACUUCCACGGAGCUUCUUUUUUUGGAUACUUUUAAGCAUCAGAGUGCAGAGUUAACCAACAUAGAUGUGGUGCGGUUCCCUUGUGGUGUACUGAUCACAGAGGUGCGGGUCAUUCCUCCAGGAAUCAAAGCUCAUAGCAAUUUACCUGACAACAGAGCUUUUGGGGAGACUUCACCUCAUGCCUUCCAGCUGGAGAUGUUCUUCAAUAAUGUGACCAAACCUAACAGCCCCACCUUUAACAGACUGGGCAGUCUGGAAUAUGAUGAGAACAAGUCCAUUGUCUUCAGACCCAGCGGAAAGAUAAACACUGAUGGCCUGGUGCUGCGUGGCUGGUACACCAGUCUGACUGUGGCAGUGUAUGGGACAGCAGAGCGCUCACACGGCCAUGACCAUGAGUCACCCCCUCCCCCACCACCCCCACCCCCUCAACAACCAAGCGGGCCCAAGAGGAUCAUUAAACAAGAGUGGGAAAAAGAUGACCAGUACAAUGGCAGUCCACCUAGGCCAGCACCCAGAGGGCCUCGUACUCCCCCUGGACCACCACCAUCAGAUGAUGAUGAAGAGGAGCAGGUCCAAGUUACAGUCGGUAUCGUCAAAGCUGAACCAGGAGAGAGUCGUGAUGAUUACCUGGAGGCUGUGUCACCUGAAAGAUCUUUGCCUGCUGACGAAACGUAUUCAGAUGCCGAGCAAGAGGAAGAGGCCGAUGAGGAGGAAGAGGAGGAGGAGCAGGAGGAAGAAGAAGAUGUGCGGACCGAGGGGAGUGCACCGGAGGAGGAAGAAGAGGAGGAGGAGGAUGAGGGUGAGGACGAGGAAGAGGAGAUGGAUGAAGGCGAUGAUGGCUAUGAACAAAUUUCCAGUGAUGAGGACGAUUUGGAUAAUGGUACCUUUAAGUUGCCCACCUUUGAUAUGGACUACACUCCUGAGGACCUGGCAUCUGUUCCACCAGUCCAGUAUGACCCAUAUGAGCGAGAACUUCGACCAUUAGUCUACUUUACCCCUCCAUACAAGACUCGAUUUGAUGCCCAGCUUGAGAAACCCAGUGUGGAGGAACCCAAAGAUUCUGAUGGGACAGAGGGAGCAACGGGCGGAGAGGAGGCUGAAGCAGUUGCACAGCUGAGAGAGCUGCUGUCUAGCAUUGGAAGCGACAGAGAUGCCCGCUGGGUGGCCGCUCUUGAAGAGGCACCAGGACUACUUGUUAAAGGGUUGCCAAUUUUAAUUAGACAGGGGGAGGGAAAUGAGCCUGUAAGAAUUUUGGUCCAGUGGACCCUCCAGGCUCUAAGUAUGGAGGUAGCACUCACUCAACCAAUUGCUCUUAACCUGAGACAGUUAAAAGCCGGUGCCAAGUUGGCGUCAUCCCUGGCUGAGUGUCCACAGGGUCUUACAGCACUGCUGUGUGAAAGCGUCCUUGGCCUGCUGUUGGAGCUCCUCUGUAGGGACCAUGUGUCCUCCACUCUGAAGCUAAGUAUUCUGAGGACCCUAGAUGCUCUGAUUAGUGCGCCAGCUGGUGUGGAGGCUUUCCUACAUGCUGAUGAUUCUGAGAAGAGUGGCUAUCAGCGUUUAGUUGAGCAGUUCCUGCGGGAAGAAACAGUACGGGUCAUAACAGCUGGCAACGCCAUAUUACAGAAGAGUCACAUGUAUGAGGUAUUGAUGGAUCUACAGCGUGCAGCGGGAGCAUGGAGCGAGCCUCAGCAGGAUGAGAUAGAGGAUGCUGAGAGCCCCAUGGAGGAGGAGCAAUCAUUAAGCUCCUCACCUGUUAGUGAGGCAGAACUUGAUAGACUGGCAGGGGUUUUAGAAGAGUUGCAUCACCUGCUGGAGACGGCCUCUCACGCUAUGGUCCAGCCUCCGGUGAAAGCUUUCCCUACCAGUUCUCGAAUAACAGGACCGCAGGAGAGAGACGAUCCUUAUCCAACGCUUUAUAGGUACAUGCAUGCGUGCCAUUUCCUGGAGAGUAUGACGGUGGUGUUGUCGGCGGGCGCAGCUGCCGGACAUUUAGGUGUUACCCAAGCUGUUAGAGAGCUCUUACGUUUCCUGUCGCUCACCCAGCCAGGUUUGCUCUUCCUUCUCGCCCAGCCCACUCCCACCAACCUGCUGCUGCGCCUCCUUGCAUCUGUGGCUGAGGCUGAGGGUGAGGAGGCCGUCUUUACAGGUGGAGAGGGAGGACUCACGGGGCCAUGUUUUGGUGAAGAGGGCUUUGGUGUUUGGCUCAUACAGGCACUGCACGCACUCCAGGGUGUGUCAGAGCUUAUGAAUCAUGUAGCCACAGGAGGUGAGGGAGGAGCAGGGCUAGAAGAAGGUGACAAUGCAGAGGUGCUAGGCCUGCUUCAUGCCCUCUACCAGAUGACCUUCACUCAAACGGGCCGCAGCGCUGUGGCCCAUGUUUUCAGCUUGGAAAACAAUCUGUCCUGUCUUGUAACGCUGCUCCAGCACCACAGCAAGGAUGGACAAGGAGAAGCUAAGACUCGUAAAGCUGUGACAUAUAACUAUGCCUGUAUGCUGUUGUUACUGGUGGUCCAAAAUUCUAAUGACUUAAGGAUGAUGGAACAGCAUGCUGUGCCACUGAUGUCCUUAGCCAAGGCAGAUGACACUAAUGCCAAGUUACAAGAGCUUAGUAAAUGGUUGGAGCCUCUGGAAAAAUUACAUUUUGAGAUUGGCAGCAUUCCCAGCCUCAUUGAUUAUAUCAAACAGAAUGUAGAAAAUGUGUUAACUGCUGAGGGAACUGGACUGGUUGCUGCUCUCAGGGUCCUCUGUCACAUCGCCUGCCCUCCGUCUGCAGUAGAGGGCCAACAGAGGGAUUUGAAGUGGAGUCUUGCAGGGGUCCAGCUGUUCUCUGGCGAGGGUCUAGAUACGUGUGUGCGUGUUUUGCAGAAGUUGUGCAGUGUACUGCUGCAGCCUUGGCGUAUGCAUGGACACAUGGGUCCCACACCACAACGAUGCAUGAUCCUGAGUAUAUGCAUCAGCACACUGCGUUUGCUGCGCACCAUGCUGACAGAAUUGCUCCGUGGGGGGUCUUUUCAAUUCAGGGAUACUCGUGUGGCUAGCGUUUUGGUCACACUACACAUGAUAGUGUGCUCUAUCCCGGCAUCUGGACGUCUGGAUGGGGAGGAGACCAGAGUGCAGGCGCUUAUUGUUGAUGUGUUGCUCACCUUCACACAGGGUGUCAAUGAAGAGGUGACUCAUACAGAGGAGACUCUGGCCAAUAACACUUGGUCUCUGAUGCUGAAGGAAGUUUUGAGCUCACUGCUAAAAGCCCCUGAAGGUCUUUUUUCUGGCCUUAUGUUGCUGUCUGAGCUACUGCCUCUUCCUCUGCCCAUGCAUAGCACUCAGGUGAUAUCAGUCCAGGAUGUGGCAGUGGCCUUAAACACUAGGAAGUUGUGGAGCAUGCACCUGCGGGCUCAGUGGAAAGUAUUUUCCGAGGCUUUGAAGUGUGUGUGCGUUACCAGCUGCCCUCCACUCCUGGCCAUGCUGAGGAGAGUGUGUGUCCAGCUGGCAGACCUGUCUUCACCCACUGCAAUACUCAUCAUGAAGGCUGUGCUGGAGAUGCUGCUAGAAGAUCUGCAACCGGCGGAGGGGAAAAGUGUCUGUUGGGGACAGGUCCUCCGUCUACUGUCUUUGACGGACGCCCUGGUGUCACAGAGAGCUUGUAAGAGUGCAGCGUUACACCUGCUUUCUGGGUCUGUGACCGGAGAUGAACAGCUGUCAGAUCUCUUCCCCUCUGUGUUGGCCCUGUUGAUUCCUCCAGCUGACCACUCAUUACAGCAGCAGCAGUGCAGUGAAAUAGUAGGAACAAUACUACAGUCACUUUGUGACCAGGAUAUUUGUUUGAUCACUCCCCCUGGUGAAGGCUGUGUGUCAGAAGCUGAACAGUUGGCCAAUGCGCUUCCUGGGCGAGAGAUGAUGUCAUCAGUGUGCUUUUCCUUGUUGGAGGUUUUGGGCAGUGCAGAUAGCAGCGUCCCACUCCUCCUCACCUGUAUCAGGACAAUGUCAUUCCUCACUGAACAUGAUUUUGGACUGUACCACCUUAAAGUAGCGCUGAAGAAACAUGCUGCAGUGCUGAGCUCACUAUUGAAGAGGCUGGUGUUUCCCUUCAACAAAGACUCAGCAGAGUUAAUCUCAGCUUUGCUGGACUUCCUCAGACAAAUCCUGACCACUGACUCAGUGUGUGGUGAAGAGGAUCGUGGUUCCAGUGAGGAUUCUUCAUUUGCUCCUCCACGGCUGUUAACGGGCUCUGAGAUGAAAUCUCUGCUGCAGUGGGAGGACUCAGAUUCACAUCCACUUCCCACUUUGGAGAAACAGAUUAUGAAACUAUGUAAAGAUGAUGAUUCUCUGGAGACGAUUUUGGAGACUGUGGUUUUUCUGAGGCAAACGCUGGAGACUGCCACAGAUACGCCUCCUGCAGUUGACACUGAGCCCACUUUGCCAGCACCUGAAACCCUAGGAGCCCUGUUUAAUCACAGGACAGUAUUCAUUCUGUCAGAGGCUUUGGACGAGCAGCUAAAAGCCCUGUGGUUCUCUCCCUUCCAAACUGAUGACAUAGAAACAGAUCUUGACAUGGUGAAGGUGGACCUGAUGGGUCUGGCCCAGCAGUGUUGUCCUGAGCUGGACUUAAAGGCAGAGCUAGAGCGCUCCUUUCUGUUGGAGCCAUCAUCUCCUGGUCACGCCAAGGCUCCUAAAGGUUUUCGACUGGGCAAACACAAGCACGAGACUUUUAUUACAUCAAGUGGGAAAUCAGACUACGUGGAACCUGCUAAGAGAGCGCACAUCAUGGCUGCUCCACGUGGCCGCGGAGGACGAGGAGGGUUUGGACAGAAUGUUUCACGACCACAUGAUAUUUUCCGCCAGCGUAAACAGAACACUUCUCGUCCUCCUAGUAUGCACGUGGAUGAUUUUGUUGCAGCUGAGUUUAAAGACAUUGCAACUCCUCUUGGACUUUUACCCCCCAAACGCAUCCCUAAGAACUCACCCAAACCUCCAACCAGAGGACUGUUCACCGGUAACAGAGGCAGAGCAACAUUUCACAGCCAAACACGUUUCUUCACUCCACCACAGCCUAAAGGUGUACUGCUGUCUGGGAACUAUGCUCGUAGAGAAGGUGGUCGUGGGUCUUCAUGGAGUGGUCAAGUUCCAGCUGUCACUCACAGAGGUACCUACAGUGAGCCCCGCGGGGGCCAGAGCAACUUCACACGUGGACCUCUUCCUUCCCGACAACCUCCUGCAAGUCCAUAUCGCCUUGCUCCACGGGACCGUGCACCUCGGGGUAGAGGAGGUACUGGACUUUCAUGGCUUAGUGGAGGGGGAGGAGGUGGCGGAAAUGCUGGAGGAGGUGGUGGGGGGAGAGGAUCUCAGGGUAGCAAGUUCGGCAGUGGAGGAGGAAGUGGAGGUGGGAGGGGCAGGCAUGUUCGCUCCUUCACUCGAUAAAUUCACCUCAGCAAUGACUGCAGUCUUUCAUGGCAACAAAUGGACCAAUCGCAAUAGUAUAUAUUCAGUUUCCAUGGGAACAUGUCCAUGGUGGUUCUUGAUGCAAAGAUUUCUUGUUGAUGUUUUAUGUUUUGUUAUCAUGCCCUGUAAUAAAACUUAUAGUAAAAC